AUGCUGUGUGAUGCUUUCAUGACGCUAGGCAAGAGCAACCAGCAGCAGCUCCCAGUCAGCCAGGACAUCGGGAAGGUAUUUAAAGAUAUAAAAUAUGGGAAAUGGGUGCUUAUAAAACUGUUAGAAGAGUUACAGGAGCUGGCUCUAAGGCGUGGGCACUGCUCCUGGGCCAAGGACACCCAACUUCAUCCUGUGUGCUGCUCUGAUGAGGUUGCAUCUGGCCCUGGCAGCCCUGGGGCAGCUCUUCCAGAUGGGGUAUUCCAACGGGAGAAAAUGGAAAAAUUUACAAACAAAGAUCCUGAGAACCCCAGUUUCCAAGAUGACUGGGUGUGUAAAGGCACGUUCGAAACACAUCACAGAAAUGAGGAAGGAAGUUCCAGUCAAGUCACAAUCACUCAUGAAGAAAUACCCACUUUGAGACAGGAAACAUCCUGUAACCUGCUUCAUAAAGUUCCACCUGGAAGUAGACCCUAUGUGUGUAAUGAAUGUAGAAAAGGUUUUUGGCAGAAGAAAUGUCUUCUUAGUCAUCAGAAAACUCAUACUGGUGAGAAAUUGUAUGAAUGUCAGCAAUGUGGGAAGGCUUUCCAUCGCCGUUCCUAUCUUCCUCAACACCAGAGAACUCAUAGUGGGGAAAGACCUUAUGAAUGUACAGAAUGUGGAAAGGCCUUUGGUUCUGUUUCACUAUUUACCAGACAUCAGAGAAUUCAUACUGGUGAGAAACCCUAUGAAUGUAAGGACUGUGGAAAAACCUUUCUUCGGCUCUCACAACUUAAUGUACAUCAUAGAACUCAUACUGGUGAAAAACCCUAUGAAUGUACUGAAUGUGGAAAAGCUUUUAGUUACUUAUCACUGAUUAUUAAACAUCAGAGAAUUCAUACUGGAGAAAAGCCUUAUGUCUGUAAGGAAUGUGGAAAGGCCUUUAGAGGUAUCACACAACUUAAUGAACAGCAAAGAAUCCACACUGGUGAGAAGCCAUAUAAAUGUAAUGAAUGUGGAAAGGCCUUUGGCCAUCGUUCAUAUCUUCCUCAACAUCAGAGGAUCCACACUGGUGAGAAACCUUACAAAUGUAAGGCUUGUGGGAAGGCCUUUAGGCAGGGCUCACAGCUUAUCCAUCACCAAAGAAUUCAUACUGGUGAGAAACCCUAUAAAUGUAAGGAAUGUGGGAAGGCCUUUAAGCAGGGCUCACAGCAACACCAGAUAAUUCACACUGGUGAGAAACCUUAUGAAUGCAAGGGAUGUGGGAAAGCCUUUAGUCAGUGCUCACAAUUUACUCAACACAAGAAAAUUCAUUCCUAAUGUAUGUAAGAAAUGUGGGAAGGCCUUCAGGCACUCUCAUCUUCCUCAACUUUAAGGAACUCAUGCUAUGGAAAAUCCCUAUAAAUAAGUGAAGCAAAGACUUCAUUGGUCUCAUCCCUCAAGGAACAUCAGGUAAUUAUGUCCAGCCUUGUCAAAUGUGGAAACACUUUUUGGUUCAACUCAUGUUAGAUUCCUCAGCAGAUUCACCACCAUUACAUUUCAUCAUUAAAGACCAUAUUAAUAUGAUAAUGUAGAAAAGCUUCCCAACACUGCUAAUCAUUAGUAACUGGAAAAUUCAUGCUGGCUUGCAACCAUGAAAGUGGAGAAAUUUUGGAAACCCUUUAGUUUAAGCUAAUCCUAACUUACAGAAAAGAAACCAUAAGAGAAAGUGAUCCUGUGAAUGUCAGGUAUGUGGGAAGCACUUUAGCCAUAAGUCUCUUUUAAUCAUAAAAUUCAUAUCUGAAGAAUGUAAGUUUAAAAAAAAAAUCCCCAUUCAUCAUUUAUUGUGCAUCAGAAAAUACACAGUGAAUAAAACACCAGACAUUUAAAACAACGGUUGAACAUUUAACUAUCAAUUGAGGAAGGUGUGGAGAAGUUUGUAACAAAUCAUACAGGGGUAUAAUAACUCAGGUAAAAAUGUAAUAAAUUAGUAACAAAAUAAUAUUUAUGUUACAUACUACCUAAUAUUUUCUUCUUCAGUGAAACAAUGAGAGCAGUAUAAAACAAAACCUGUGGGAUGUGCCCAUAUCUAUACUCAAAAAGUUACGACUUUAAAUGCAUUUAUAAACAAGAAAACUACAAACACUGUAAAUAACAAGUGAACCAGAGACCUCUUGAGAAGCUAGGAAAUGAACAUAACUCACCAACAGACAGAAUUUAGGGAAAAAAAUCAUUGAAAUUUAAAGAGAAGUAGGUUUUAUUAACCUUGAAGGCUUUUCUUUAAAAAGAAAAUAUAAGCACUCACAAAUUUCAUAAAAGUACUCUACAGUAUUAAAAACAAGGAUGUAAUAACAUACAUAAAAAGCAUUCAAAAUAAGGUUGAAUGCUUUACAUUUUUGAUACCGAUAAAUUUCAAACUUAGAUGAACUUCAUUUCCUAAAAAGAAAAAACUAAGUUUUACAGAGUUGACUAAUUAUUAGCAAAGGGCAGAUUUUGUAGGGAAUCCACUUAAGUUUUUUUGGUUUUUUUUAACUAUAGUAUUAUCAGUUGUUAGGAGCAAAGAUUUACCAAACCAUAAAUGUAUAGGAAAUAUCUAUGAUACAAAUUUCCAAGUUUGAAAAAAUGCAGAUUUCAUUGGCUCCUUUUCCGAAUCUUGCAUAAUUUCAAUAUAUAAACAGAAACCAAGAUUUGCAGAUGUCCUCAACCUCCCAAAUUACGAAACAAUGUUGAGUACCUAUGAGAACCAGGUACAUUUCUAUAUGUUAAUUGUGAGUUUAAAUUUAAAAAGUCAUAAGAACUAGCAAAUUAAUACCUUUUAGUUUUUUCUCUUUAAAAUGGAAAUAUUUUAAAACCGGUAGUAUAUUCAUUAGUAUUUUUUAAACUAGAAGAUUAUUUCUCAGCAAUUUAGAAGAACAUACCUAUCUCCAAGUUUGAUUAUUCUUACACAGUUUACUCAGCUUAACUAAAAGGAAAAUACUUAAAAAUUACUUGAUCCUUGCACUGAAGAAUGGUAUGAUGACAUAGGUACAAUCAGAAUGUGAUACUUAAAAAUAAUUAUUAACCACAAAAAAAAAGUACUUAGAAUCACCUGAACAUAUGCAUUUUCUACUUUAGAAAACGUGGAAUGUCUUAUUUUACUCACCCUUCUUUAAAAAGGAAAUUUUAAAAAAUGAGUAGAAAGCUACAUUUCUAAAUUUUUACAUAACUUAUACAAAUGUGUGUAAAGGCUGUACUUGGAAGAGAAUUGAAUAAAACUGUAGCUAAUAAGCAAGUUUAACCUGUGUCUCAAGAAGAACAGUUCUAACUAUGUCUUCCUCCAUAUUCAAAUGACAUUACUUUUGAGGUUUCCUUCAGUUAAGUAUAAGAAGGAAAAUUUAAUAAUAUCAGUGUUUUAUUUUUUAAAGUUUGUGUUUAAGCAUCUCUGAUAUCUUUAAGCAUGAAGCUUGAAAGAAGUGCUUGCAGUCCUGAAAUGUAUUAUUUUGUUUUUGUUUUGUAGGAAAUAAUGUUAACAGUCCUUGAAAUAUAUGCUUGUUAAAUUCCUCGCUUACAUUGUGAACGACAUCGAUGUAAUUUUUCUUUUUUGCUUUAUUCUUCCAACCAUAUAUAUUCUGUGAAAAUUUCUAAGAGAAAGAGAGAGAGCAAUAUUCUCUAUUUCCAGCAUUUCUUAGGUUCUAGGAUAAAUAAUUGACAAGAUCAGAAUGAAGUCAUUACAGCAAGUGGUUAUUACUCUUUCAGUUAUUCUUGAUGUGUGACAACUGUUCUUCACUAUACCAACAGA